AUGGCGCGACCAAUCGCACAUGAGACGUGCCUGAAAAAGUGCCCAGCUGCCUGGUCCGGGGCAGCAGAGGCGUUACAAAGUCGAACAGGGACUUUGCGCUCCUUCACGUCGCCAAACGGGGUCCUGGGGCAAAUGCAGGUUACUGGAUGUCACCGUGGGAUGCAAAAGCUUGAGCGCCCGAUGGGAGGCCUGGAGUAUUGCCGCGCUCCUUGGAAAACAGCGGCGCAAUCUUACAAGACGGUUGCCGACGCUGGACAUGGCAGGCCGGCAGUCAGACAAGCAAACAAGGCGAGAGGGCGGACAGCAAAUCCCCCAGAAUCACGAUGA